CUGAAAACGGUGAAAACACUUCAAAUUCAUAUUCCAAAACAAGAAAAACAAUUUGAUCUGCUUCCAAAAUGGUUGAUCGAGACAAAGACUGGGAGUUUCAUCUGAGAUCCCUCUCUGCCACCGCCAGAGACUCUAAUUUCUCCGCCGACCCCGCCUCCGAUCCCAAUCUUCUCCCAUCCCUGAGGAAGCUUUAUGAAUUGUGUAAAUCAGAGGAAUCUGAGGAUUUGGUGGCUAGGGUUUAUCCGCAGAUCAAUAAGAUCUUUCAGAGAUUGGUAGCUUCCGUUUCGCAGUCUCGAACCUCUAAUGGCCUUCUCUUUCUGGCCAUUCUUCAGUUUUUCCUUGAUUUUGGUGAGAUUGUUCUACAUGAUGCUGAUCCAUCUCUAAGGACAUUUUUUCGAUCAUGCUUGAGCCGUGAGUUUGCAGACCCUGUUGUUGCAAAAGCAACGCUUGAUUUUCUGAUUUGGAACAACAAGAAGAUUUUAACUUCUUUCCCGACGUUACUGCCACAGUUUUUUCCAUUACUGCUGAAGCUGAUUGCUUGGAAUGGAGAGAAAUUAGAGAAAUCAUUUAUAAAGGUUUUCCCAGGAUUAAUAUCUCCUGGGUCAUUUCUUCCACUGUUCCCAUCAGUGUUGGACUUGCCAAUAUUGGUAGUGGCAUUGGAGAAGGUAGAACGUAGCUCUGGACCACUGAUUGGUAGUAGCAUAGCUUCAAUUCAGAAGAGUACGGCUCCUGAGAUGCUACUUGCGCUAAUGGAUGAAGCUUAUACUGGUUCAACAAUAGGAGAUGGAGGAGGAGACUCUGAAUCUGAGGAUAGCAAUGCAAUAGAUGUAGCUGAUCCAUUGUUUUUUGACCUUCUUAAAGAUGAGAAUGAUGGCCUUGCUGAACGGCACUGGACUUCUCCUGGAAUUGCUGCAGCUCUACAGGCUGCCAUUAAUACCCCUCAGUCUGAUAGGCUUAAACAAUCACUCAAUAUGGCACCUCGGGUUCUUGAUAUGUAUUUUGCUAUUGCAUUACGUGAUGUCAAUAAUUCUUUAAUCUGCGCAUUACUUCCCCUAAUUAUGACAAGGAAUGCUACAAUAUUUCCCGACAAAAUUUUCUCUUAUGAGGUUCGAAAGAGGCUCUUAGAAUUUAUGCUUGCUGCAUUCCAGCGAUCUCCAGAUUUUAUUGCACUGCUGAAGAAGCCUAUAAUGGACAGACUUGCAGAAGCUUAUGACAGCACUGCAAAGACAGAAUUGGCAUUGCAAUUGUGUUGGGCCAUUGGGGAGCAUGGAGGAGGUGGUGCAUCACAUGGAGAUGCAGCUCGUGAGCUUUUCGAGAGUUUAGAACUACUUUUGUAUGAAAACCUUUCUUCUAGUCGCCUGGGCUUAAGGCAGGAGUCAGCUCUUAGCUCCGAUGGUGCAACUUUCAGAAAAUCAUCACAGUCAAGGCUUCUAUGUUUUGUUGUGACUGCUAUUGCAAAGCUUGCCACAUACCACCGUGAAUUAUUACCAAGAGCACGUGUAUCUCUAGCCAAGGUAGCUCGAUCUCGAAUGUCUGAUGCGAGGGUUUGGAGACGUGCACAUGAUUAUUUGGGCUUAAUGAAUGAACCAGCAAUAUGUUUGUCUGUUUUGGGGCCUUCACGACCUUCUCAUGGACAUAUGCAGAAUCCAGGCACUGUCAACUGGAGUGAAGGCAGCAAAAAGAUGAUUGCUCAUAUUCCAUUUUACAUUUUAGGCGAACAAGAAGGCCUACCCUUCCAUGAUUUUUCAUUCUCAGACAUCCUCCCUAGAAGAAGAUGAAAGAUGAAAGCAGCUUAUAUAUUUGCUACUCAGUCGUUUGUUCUUCUGCGCACCAGGCAUUUCCCUGCUUGGACAUAUCUAGAGAUGGCAGAAUUAGAGACUCGAAGCUACAGUUAAAGGAAAACAUCAACGAAGAUAUGUUUUUCUUCUCACCCCAUAAAUUUUACUUUUUGUUUUUGGUCAACAUAACCCUAAUUUUGGGGCUAUUCAUCUGGCAUAUCCAUAUUAAUAACUAAUAAACAUUCGUGACCUGUUGUAAUAUUCAACCAACACAGCAUUAUUUAAACAAAAAAGAAAGGAUUUAAUGAAAAGAGUGAGGUAAAUCAAACCUCUUGAAUUUGAGGCUUCAA